GGUAGAUGCCUUAACAUAACUAAGUAACGAUUCGAUACGUAAUUUUAUUUUCAGUACCGUGAAAUCUUAUGCUACUAGCGUAUGCAUUUUUGUCUAUGAAGACUGAUUCAAUGUGGCUUUUCAGCAGGCUAACUAAUAGCUAGGCCUGUUAGCCACAUUAGCCCAGCUAGCGCCGUCAUUUCUGUGUUUUGCUGAUAAGCUAACUAGCUAGCUACCUGUUCAUUAGCAAGCUAGUUAGCCUCCUACAUUGGCAAAUAUGCAUUUCUCAUAAUGUGCAUCCUGCUAAUACAGCUAUUUAGCAUCUUCUCCAUACAGAAUCAUGAGUCUCAGAAAGCAGACCCCCAGUGACUUUCUGAAGCAGAUCAUUGGCAGACCAGUUGUGGUCAAGCUCAACUCUGGAGUGGAUUACAGAGGUGUCCUAGCCUGUCUGGAUGGCUAUAUGAACAUUGCAGUGGAGCAGACAGAGGAGUAUGUCAAUGGCCAGCUGAAGAACAAGUAUGGUGAUGCCUUCCUGAGAGGAAACAAUGUGUUAUAUAUCAGCACCCAGAAGAGGAAGAUGUGAUGCAGAGGAUUUGUCCCUUUUUUUAAAUUAUUUUUAUUAUCCCGGACGUUGUUCCAGUUGAUUAUGUUAUAUGAGAACAUUGUUUUUCCUAUUGUUUAAUGUCUCUGAGCUGAAGAGUGUUUAGUUUUUUGUAAAAAGGAGAACAAUCCAAUAAAUGUUUUUGGAAGUUUAA